AUGAAGGGAAACACGUUCAUCUCGGCCUUAGGCCUCUUUGCGGGCGCACAGGCGUUGCUGCGAUUCGGCUGCUCUCAGCUCAGUGUUCAGCGCCUGGAUCCCUUGGUCAAUCCCGGCGUUUCGCCCUCUCCCCAUCUUCACCAGAUCAUUGGUGGUAACUCCUUCAAUGUCUCGAUGGACCCCGCCAAUCAUGACCUCGCAGCUCUCUCGACGUGCACUACCUGCCAGUUCACAGAAGACUUCUCAAACUACUGGACCGCCGUCCUAUUCUUCCGUGCUCGGAACGGCAGCUUCCACCGCGUACCUCAGAUCGCCCAGGCCGGCAUGGAGGGCACCAAAGGGGGCAUGGUUGUCUACUACAUGUCGGACGCCCUCUUCGACACGGCACAAAGGUCCAAGGUCACGGCCUUUAAGCCCGGCUUCCGCAUGCUCGUCGGUGACGUCUCGUCCAAGACCCGCGACCAGGCCCGCAAGUACCGCCAGCUGAGCUACACGUGCAUGGCGAACCAAGCUAGCCGCACGCCCGAAACAGUCGAGUUCCCCAAGGGGCCCUGCAGGCUCGGAAUCAUGGCCAACCAUCGCUUCCCGACCUGCUGGGACGGCAAGAACCUCGACUCGCCUAACCACCAGGACCACGUCGCCUAUCCCGAGACCGGCACGUUCGAGUCUGGCGGCCCUUGCCCGGCAACGCAUCCGGUCAAAAUCCCACAGCUGAUGCUCGAGACAGUCUGGGACACGAGCAAGUUCAACAACAAGGCCGACUGGCCCGAGGACGGGAGCCAGCCCUUUGUCUGGUCGAGUGGCGACAGCACGGGGUUCUCGGACCAUGCCGACUACAUGUUUGGCUGGAAGGACGACUCUCUGCAGAGGGCCAUGGACGGGCAUACCUACGUCAGUGCGCCCAUGCUCAAGACGCAGACCAUCGCUCAGCAGAACAAAUGCACCGUCCGUGACAUGGUUAACGAGAACUUUGACGGAUGGCUCGAUAAGCUGCCUGGUGACAACAUGGUUAUGUAG